UAUAAUAAUAGGUAAAAAUAAAUUAAUUUAAAAAAAAACAAUUGUUUAUUUUUCGAGCAAUAGUGCCUUUAACGCGUAUUUUUCACAAAAUUUGAUAUUAAUUUGAUACUUUGAAAAUCGGUAUUAAAAUUAAUUUUACUUGUUAUAAGUGCUGUGUUUUGUUAUUGUGUGUAUAUGUACUGUGGAGUAUUAAUUUUCGUCUUUUUAUAAUGUGGUACGUUAUUUGAAUAAUUAGCAAACUAUCCUUUUAAAUUACAAAAUAUUUCGGUAUUAUAUAAUUUAAAGAAUGUCUUUCCAAAUAACAAAGAAGGACAUAUUUGAUGUUUGGGUCUCAAAAAUAAAAAUUAAGCGCUUUGAGGCAGUUAUGUCAUUUGUUUUAAAUGUUUUUGGUAACAUAACGUUUUCUGAAGAAGCAGUUAAAUCAUUAAAGGCGUCUGUGAGGACAACUUGUUUUAAGUUAGAUCAGUUAUGGUCAAAAAACAGGAACCGUGAAAGCUUUGAAUGCAAAAAUGCUUCCUGGCUCAGUGGCUAUUUAGUAAUACCACAGCAAAUAUUUUACGAAAUUCCUUCCCCUUCGAAUUCUGCAAGUGUGGGUAGACCUAGAAAAUCAUUUAAUGAGUGCUGUGAAAAAAUGAAGGAGAAGAAAGUACAAGGCCUCUUAGACUCAUUUAGCUUUGAAGAAAUUUCAACUGCAUAUGAAAUUAGUUUGCGAAAAAGUGGAAAAAGGAAUUAGUAAGGGUGAAAUUGUUUACAUUAAAAACAAAACAUAUAGUAAAAACAAUUAAAUAAAUUCAAAUUGGCUUUUUAUUUUACAAGAAUAACAAGAUUGGUAAAAACAAAUUGUCUAUUCCAGUUAAACUGAUUUUUUUUCGACAGGAAGUUUACGGUUCUUUUAAUUUUUGGUAUCCUUGAUGAUGUAUGGCAGAAAAAUUUCGUGACUUAAAAAAAAAACAUUGAUUGUGCAUAAAUAAAGCUACAUAAUUUAAAACAUCCUUUGAAAUAGUAUCUUGUACGUUUUAGUAGCCUUUUAGAGAAUAGUUUCUUUAAUUCAUAAACAACGUCAUUGACAUAUCGGUUUGCAAAAAACCUAGUCAAUUCUGAUAAUAAUUAACUUUUUUCUUUAUUUUAUUCAUAUUUGUCAUAAAAUUAAACAAUAAAUCAUUCCUCAAAAGUUUUUUUUGUAAAUUAUGAUUUUCAAAAAAAAGUACUUUUUGGUUAAAAUAACCUGUCACUUCAAAGCUCAUUUUACAAAAACUUAAAUAAAAUAUCACCAAAAUGUGAAUUACAUUUGAUUGUAUACACAUAUUCAAUGAACUAAUCACAAAAAAACUACAACAAAAUUUAAAAUGCAAGCGUUAUUAAUUUUAUUCCGCUAAAUUCGCGAAUUCCCACACUGUGCGCCGCUGUCACCACCGUAGAUAGGUACUUUGCUUCAAGCAUCCCGUACACUUGUUCAUUGAUUGUUGUUGUAAAGUUUUUUUCGAACAAAAUUCACGUGUACUUUUUGUAUUUAUUGCAAUUUUAAUUGAAUUAAACAACAAUUUUAAUUAAUUUCAAUCUAAUUGUUCUCAAAAGUAAAUUAACAAAAACAAACGAUUUCGCGAAAGGCACAUUGUUUACAUUUUUGACAACUGGCAUUUGGCACUUGACAGUUCGUUUGACGUUUCGUUCAGUUUCGUCAAGUGUGGUUAUACAGCGAAGCAAAUUUAUAAGUACAUACAGAGUGUGUUCAACAAACAUUAUUUUUUUUGUUGAUUUUUAAAAUAAGUCCAGUCAUAAAACUCCAUUCAUUUACAAUUUAUUAAAUUAUUUUGGAAAUUUCGCACACUAAUACGGUUGCAAUUAAUUAAUUUUUUUUCGGUAUUUUCGUAUGAAAAUAAACUAAUUUUUCAUAAAUUCUGAUAAUUUAAAUUGAUAACCGGUGCAAUUUGAGCAAUUUCUUUGGAUAAUAAUAUGGAUAAUUUAAUUCCACAAUACAUUUGUUCAGUUCUUAAAUAAAUAAAGUAACAAUGACUGGCAAGAAAAGGCAAACUUCUCCACCCAAGGAUUUAAACCUUGAUCAUUUAAAGCACCAGCGGGUGGUUAUAAAAAAUAAUAUUACACGUAUAAAAACGGGAUUAGAAGAAAAAACUUUUUCGCUUUUUUGAUGUCGAAAGUUGAUUCAGUCACGAGGUCGAAGUGGGAGGAACAGCUAGAUUACAGCACCCUUCCUUUAUGGAGCGAUUGUGAAGCAGCUCUUAACAAAAGAUACCAGCACUUAUCUGCUGAAGAAUCUUCUACCUCAAGACUUAAACCAUGUGACAAACAAUCCAAACCAAAACAAGAUGUAGGUCGUCAUAGAAAUCAAAAGUCUUUAUUUGCAGUAAGCACACAACAACAAAUAAAAUCAAAAUGCCUUUUCUGCAAAUCAAAUGAUCAUUUUAUAACCGCAUGCCAAUCGUUUUCCGCAAUUCCUGUUUUACAAAGAUUCGAAUUUGCAAAGAGUGUUCCUAUUUGUAUUAACUGCCUUGGAAAAGGACACACAGUUUCAAAAUGCAAGCUAAGUCGAUGCAGUGUUUGUAAUCGCUCGCAUCAUACGUUGUUACAUCAAUAUUUAACAACUUUUAAUAACCCAUCGUCUCAACCGGCUACGAGUUUCCAAGCAAUGCAUGCUUCGGUACUGACUGACCAAGUUAUUCUUGCUACGGCAAUCGUACAAAUAAAAGGCAUAAAUGGCGAAUCUAUGCCAGCUCGAGCUUUACUCGAUUCAGGCUCGCAAAUUAACUUCAUAACUGAAGAACUUUCGCAAAGGUUGAAACUUCGAAAAGAAGAAAAAUCUUUAAAUUUACUUGGCAUUGGGAAAGCAAGUACGAAAGUUAAUAAAAAACUAAAUGCAGUAAUAAAGUCACGAUUUAAUGACUAUUCCUUCUCUGAAGAUUAUUGGGUUAUGAAUUCAAUAUCAUCAUAUCAACCCAAGCUAUUAAUACAGCUAAUUGGAAUAUUCCUCCUAACAUUCAAAUGGGCGAUCCAUAUUUUAAUAAGCCGCAAAAUAUUGAUUUGUUAAUAGGAGCUGAAACAUUCUUUGAAUUGUUGUCUGCUGGUCAAAUUAAACAAGGACCCGAAUACCCAACUAUCCAAAAAACCCUUCUUGGUUGGAUAGUAUUUGCAAAAUAUCCCAUGUGCUCGAGUUCAAAUACAAAACAAUGUAAUUUGGUAUGCCAGUCUGAGGAAUUGCCAGACUUGGACAAAGCCUUUCAGCGACUUUGGCAAAUGGAAGAAAUUCCGGGAGAAACGAAAAAGUUUCUAACAACAGAACAAAAAAUGUGUGAAGAUCAUUUUGUAGAAAAUACAAAACUUUUGCCCACAGGUCGAUUUGAGGUAAAACUGCCAUUCAAAUCUUCACCAAAUUCUCUUGGUUCUUCGUUUGAAACUGCCAAACGUAGAUUUCUUGCACUUGAGCGCAAACUUUCCAGAAAUACUGAGUUAAAAGCGAUGUAUAUGGAUUUUAUGAAGGAAUAUCUGUUAUUGGGACACAUGUCACCAACAAAUAACGAAAUUCCUAAAAGCCCACACUAUUUCAUUCCUCACCAAUGUGUCUUGCGACCGCAAAGCACAAGUACUAAAUUACGAGUCGUGUUCGAUGCCUCAAGUCGAACAUCUACUCAAGUAUCUCUGAAUGACAUCUUGAUGGUUGGGCCAACCAUUCAAGAGGAGCUGUUUUCGACAUUGCUCCGUUUUCGUACUCAUAAAUAUGCCAUUACGGCUGAUAUUACGAAAAUGUAUCGACAAGUUCUCAUCAAUGAAGAGCAUUCGAAUUACCAGCUCAUAGUGUGGAGGCAAUAUCCAACUCAACCUCUACAAUAUUUCCGCCUUAACACCGUAACGUACGGCACUUCACCAGCACCAUUUUUAGCUAUACGGUGUUUGAAGAUGUUAAGUGAUAACUUCAAAAACUCAUAUCCUACGGGAUCUAAAGUUAUCGAAAAAGAUUUUUAUGUGGAUGAUCUUUUAACUGGUGCCGAUGAUAUUGAAACCUUAAAAAUUAUUAAAAAUGAAAUACAAGUUAUUUUAAAAAAUCGUGGGUUUCAAUUGGCAAAAUGGUAUUCAAAUCAUCUAGAAUUGUAUAAUGCUGAAAGUCCAGAAAAGUCAAUCAAAUUCAAUGACUCUACAAAAACGUUAGGAAUUUGCUGGCAACCAAAAGAAGAUAAUUUUUCUUUCAAUUUAGACAGCAGUUUUCAUGAUCUACGAGCCACCAAAAGAAAUAUUCUUUCAGUUUCUUCUCGUCUGUUCGACCCUCUUGGUUUAUUGUGCCCCAUUAUUACCAAAGCUAAAAUCUUAUUGCAAGAGCUAUGGAUUGCAAAACUUGAUUGGGAUGAGUCGAUUCCGUUGCGCCUUGAUACAUGUUGGCAAGACAUUAAACCUAUCUCAGCUUUGCGAGAUAAAAAUAUCAAGGUUUGUUGAAACCCAUUCGAAUGCAAAAAUUCAAAUUCAUGGGUUCGCUGAUGCUUCGAUGCGGGCUUACGGAGGUUGCAUUUACAUCCGAAGUCAAAGCACGGCGGGUAUCAAGUCGACGCUAUUAACAGCAAAGUCCAGGGUGACCCCUUUGAAAACCAAAUCGCUUCCGCGAUUGGAACUUUGCGCAGCGCAUACUCUUUCUAACUUAUGGAUGAGAGUAUCGGCAAUGUUGAAUCUUGACGUUGAAAAAGUUGUUUUUUGGACCGAUUCCGAAAUAACGUUGCAUUGGAUAAAAACACAUCCAUCUACGCUUGCAACUUUUGUUGCAAAUCGAGUGUCCGACAUCCAAGAGUGGACGCAAAAAGUAUCAUGGAGACAUGUUCCAACAAAACAAAACCCAGCAGACAUUGUGUCAAGAGGUUGUAAUGUGGACGAAAUCAAAAGUUCAAUAUGGUUUAAUGGUCCUUCAUUUCUAUUGGAAGAUCCAACGUUGUGGCCAGUGAAUUCUCAUUUCGAGUUAUCUCCAGAGGAGGAAGCUUUAGAAAAAAGAAAGACCAAUUUAGCUCUGGUCGCGGUUGAAAUUCCCCGAACGAAACUCAUGGAGUUUAUUGAAGAAGAGACGUCCUACAUAGAACUUGUUACAACCAUUGUUCAUGUAAUGCGAUUCUUUGCAGUUUCUAAAGAAAAAACGAAAUUAUUUGAAGAAUCACCUACGGCCAAAGAGUUACAAUUAGCAUUUCUUAAAAUAGUUGAAAUUGUUCAAAAUGAUGAAUUUCCCGAGGAGAUUCAAAAACUUAGAAAGAAUGUAACAUUGCCCAAUCACAUUCAAAAACUCAAUCCAUUCUUACAGGAUUUUAAUGAUGAUAACUUUUCAUUUUCACUGAUUAGAGUAGGAGGGCGUCUUUUAAACGCACCAAUUAAAUACGAUGCGAAAUUUCCGUUCCUAUUGACCAAAAAUUCUCAGUUCAUAAAACUAUACUUAACGUAUCUGCAUAGAAAAAAUUACCAUGCCGGACCUCAAGCAAUGGUUGCAUUGCUUCGCGAAAAAAUUUGGCUAAUUAACGCCAAAGAAGCAUGUCAAAAAGUUGUACGAAAGUGCGUAAACUGUUUCAAAUAUAAACCAAAAUUGCUCAACCAAAUUAUGGGAAAUCUGCCAGCAGAUCGAUUAAGAGCACAAAGACCGUUUCUAGUAUGUGGUGUAGAUUUUUGUGGCCCAGUAUAUACCACUUUAAAAAUUCGUGGUCGGCCACCGUGCAAAACAUACAUAGUUGUUUUUGAUUGUUUCACUUCCAAAGCUGUUCAUCUUGAAUUAGCUACUAAUCUUUCUUCCGAAUGUUUUAUUCUCGCCCUCAAAAGGUUUAUUGGUCGCCAAGGAGUUCCGAAGACGAUUCACUGCGACAACGGGACUCAGAGGAUCUUGAAAGAAGUUGGAGAAGAGUUCCAGAGAGGGCAGAAGGCAAUUCAAACGUACGCAGCAGACGAAGGGUUCAGUUUCAGCUUCAUACCACCAAGAGCACCUCACUUCGGAGGCCUGUGGGAGGCGGCAGUGAAAGCGGCGAAAACGCUCUUACAACGUACCGUAGGGAACGCUCUCCUAACGGCAGAAGAACUACUUACCGUAGUAAUAGAAGUCGAGGCAAUUUUAAAUUCAAGGCCAAUCGCCCCGUUAAGCGCAGACCCCAACGACGGAGAAGCCCUGACUCCCGCGCACUUACUAAUAGGCAGUCCCUUGCGAUCACUGCCCCCAGAGGAAGUUCCGGAACGGCAGAUGUCCUGCUUAAAAAGAUGGCAGACUCUAUGCUGGCUCAAGCAGCAGU